AUGAAUCAACAGCCAAAUCAACAACAACAACAAGGUCAACCUCAAGCUAGGCCACCUGUGACUUUCCAACCUGGUCAGAUUCAACAGUUGGUGAAACAAUGUAAUAUAGAGUUCACUGAAGCUAAGAAAUUAGGUCUAGAUACUCCAGCUGGUCAAGAACGCUUAAAGAAAGCCCAAAGAAUCAAACAUAUCUUGGUUCAAUAUCAAAGUCAACAACAAAGAUUGAGUAAUUCACAAGGUGGGACACCUCAAACACAAACUACUCCAACACCACGAACUCAACCACAAACCCAGUCUCAACCUCAACCUCUAACUGAAGCUACAAUAAAUCUAUAUCCACAAAGUAGUUCACAAACAUCAAUCCAAUCACCACAAUUAAAUCAAGUUCAACAACAACAAUUGAAUCAAAGAAGCUCUAGUCAACAAUCACCUGUACCUCAACAACAAGCUAUUCCACAACAGACAGCCGCUUUAAACAAUAAUGGUCAAACUGCAUCUCCAAGCCCAAUGGCUCAAGCAACAAGUGGUAACAAUCCACAACCUGGUGGUGGUGGUAGUGGUAAUGGUAAUACACCUAAUCCUCAGGUACCACCAAAAAAUCCAUAUCAACAGCUGCAACAAGUUAAAAUCGUACUAGGAGAAUUUCAAAAGAACUUGAAAGCUGUUGACGAUAAGAAGAAAAGUGGUAAUUUAACUCCAGAGCAAAUGCAAAACCUGUUACAACAAGAACAAGUUCUGAAAACUCGUUUCAAUACUUAUAAAACAGCUGCUAUUAAUUUAUCUCAGCAAAUACAGAAACAACAACUGGCUUUAAAGCAACAACAACAACAGCAACAACAACAAAAUUUUCAAAACCAAUCCAGAUCUCAAAGUGCUGUUGAUAAUUCAGCUAAUCAAAUUCAAAGUCCUUCCAUUGGUCAGAAUGCUAUUCAAAAUCAACAACAAGCCCAACAAGGUAAUAAUACCAAUUUGCAAAAUAAUUCACCAAUGAUCCAACAAAAUCAAGCUCAAAAUUUACAAAAUAAUGGCAACAAUAAUAAUUUCCAAUUUAACCAACAGCAAUCCCCACAGCUUAACCAACAACAAAAUAACACACAAGCUCAAGCUAUCCAAAAUCAACAAAGAGUUUUAUCCCAAUCACAAACACCACAAACACAACAACAACAAAUCCCAAAACCUUAUACACAACAGCAACAACAACAACAACCACAAAUCCAAGCUCAAGCUACUAUAGGACAAACAUCAUUACCACAACAAGGACAACCUCAGAUUCCAGUUCAAAACAACCCAAAUGUACCAUUAGGAUUGAAUCAACAACAAGCGCAACAAGCUAGAAGUAAUUUACAAUCCCGUACAGGUACUCCACAACCACAAGUUGGAGCCAAUAUUGGAACAGGUGUAGGUGGUGUUGCAGCUCAAGGUCGUUCAGCUUCUCCUAAUACACCUGUGACUAAUGUCAAUGCUGCUGCUAGACCAAAUAGUGCUAAUGGUAAUAUUGUCAACCCUGCACAAGCUGCCAAUGUUUUCAAAACAGCAGUUCCUUCAAUGCCAAUUCCAAAUCAAAUUAAUGUUAAACCACCAACAGCUGUUGCAUUCAAUCAAAAUCGUCCAAGUUUGACUGGUGGUCAAGGUAUUUCAGCUCCUGCCUUAACAACUCCUGCUAUUAUGAAGUUGCCACCAUAUGAAAUGCAAAGUGAUAGAGUUUUAUCUAAACGUAAAUUAAGUGAACUUGUCAAAACGGUUGGUGCUGAUGAAGGUGAUGGUGAAACCACAAUUGAUGGUGAUGUUGAAGAAUUAUUAUUAGAUCUUGCAGAUGAAUUUGUUACCAAUGUUACUGGAUUCGCCUGUCGCUUAGCUAAACAUAGAAAAUCUGAAAACUUAGAUGUCAAAGAUGUUCAAUUACAUUUAGAAAAGAAUUGGAAUAUUCGUAUCCCUGGUUAUUCAUCAGAUGAGAUUAGAAGUGUUAGAAAAUGGGUUCCAAGUAAUGCUCAUAAUCAAAGAAUCCAAGGUAUUGGUAUCUCAAAAUCUGUUGAGCAAAACAAAUGA